AUGACGGCGAGCACAAUUUCUCUCAAGGCGUUUCUGGCCACGGCCAAAGAGGCGUUGGCUGCGUCGCCUACCCAGCGUUCACUACCACUCACCUUUGUCGUGGGCAACGAAUCGGCAGAUCUCGACUCGUUGUGCUCAGCCAUCGUACUGGCUUAUCUUCGGUCUCAUAUUGCCCCCAGGCGGCUGCAUAUCCCCUUGUCCAACCUGCCUCGGGAAGAUCUCGCUUUGAGAAUCGAACUAGGCCCUGUUCUUGCCAAGGCAGAUCUGGAUGCCUCUGACCUCAUCACAUUGUCAGAUCUCCCGCAAACACUGGACCCAAACGAUACAGAAUGGGUUCUGGUUGACCACAAUGUCCUCACCGGUGAUCUAAGAAGAUAUGAAAGCCGUGUUAUUAGCUGCAUAGACCACCAUGUUGACGAAGGAGUCGUCGCUAUGCAAGCUGCACCCCGCGUCAUUGAGACAUGCGGAAGCUGCAUGAGCCUUAUCGUCGAUGCAUACGCAGAUGCGUGGCGCGCCCUGGCUCACGGCAACCAGCCCGCCAUCAGCACAAAGCGCAUUAGCAGCGACCUGAAUCAGCUCGCGCAAAUCGCCCUCGCCCCGAUCCUCAUCGACACCAUCAAACUGACCGCCACCGCCAAGGUCCGCCCCAAGGACACGCGCGCGGCCGCGCUGCUCGAGACCGAACUCAUGCACGACCCAGCCUUUGACCAGGGCGCCUACUACGACGCCGUUACAGCUGCCAAGGAGGACAUGUCCCGGCUCACCCUGCGCGAUAUUCUCCGCAAGGACUACAAGGAGUGGGAGAAUGCCGGCAUUAAGCUCGGUGUCAGCUGCGCCGUGCAGAAUCUCGACUUCUUCCUGGAAAAGGCCGCCGCCGGCAGCAAGGGGAGCGGCGAGGACGUGCUGCUACGGGCGCUGCAGGCAUGGGCCGAGGAGCAAGGGCUCGACAUCGCCGCCAUCAUGACCACGUCCAACCCGGGCGGCGAGUUUCAGCGGCACCUAUUGGUGUGGGGGCUGACUGCUAGCGGUAGGAAGGCGGUCCAGAGGUUCACGGAAGACACCGCAGAUACGCUAAAGCUGACGCCGUGGAAUGAUGGGAUCUUGGACGAACAGGGCGUGAGGUACGCGUGGAGACAGCUUGCGCUGGAUUCUAGUAGAAAGCAAGUGGCACCCUUGCUACGGGAUGCCAUGAAAUGGGCUGGCGCCAACUUGUAG